GGCUGAGGGGAAUUCCGUCGCCAUUUGUCAUUUGUAAACACGAACACGUGUAUUCAAGCACGUCUGUUAAAUUAAUCAGUAUAUGGGCGCCAUACAAACGCUAUCGACAUGAAUGCUAAUAAUUUAUUUAGAUUUUGCAUCAGGUCGUUUAGAGCCAUCCCCUGCACAAUACGACUUCGCAGAUGUUAUAGUGUGCAAUCAAAAGAGAUGGAUUUACUGCAGCAUUUGAAGACAAAGAUAAAAUUUUCAGGACCUAUCACUGUUUCUGAGUAUAUGAGAAUGGUGUUAACAAACCCUCUGUCAGGCUAUUAUAUGCAAAAAGAUGUCUUUGGUGCCAAAGGAGAUUUCAUAACAUCACCAGAAAUCAGUCAGAUGUUUGGUGAGCUACUAGCCAUAUGGUGUAUACAUGAGUGGAUGGCUUUUGGCUCCCCACCGGAAGUUAAACUAAUAGAGCUGGGGCCUGGGAGAGGAACUCUGGCUGAUGAUAUGCUUAGGACAUUUUCUCAACUCAAGAAAAAGGGAGUGAGUGCCAAUUUCUCUUUACACUUAGUGGAAAUUAGCCCUCACAUGAGGAAACUACAGGAGAGCAAAUUGUUGGGCGUUCCUUUGGAGAUGGUUCAAACACCCCAAAUAGUGAACUAUGAUGCUACCUCAAAGCAAGGGAGAUUGCAUUCUGAAACAAAGACUACAAAAUAUGGUACACCAGUGACUUGGUACUAUGACAUGAGAACAGUGCCAAAAGGAUUUUCUUUUUUCAUAGCACAUGAAUUUUUUGAUGCUUUACCUGUUCACCAAUUUCAGGUAAUCCUUAAUUUGUGUUUGGGUUUUUUAAUCUGCAGUUGA